AUGAAUAAUUUUAACAUUUGUUACAAUGCAUUAUGUCGCGCAUUUGAUAAAGAGAAUGUGAUAAUACUACCUGCUCUAAUCGAAAUUCUGAAGCCUCAGAAUCCUGUGGAUUCAUCUAUCAUUCAUACGAAUACAAAUGAUGACGAAGCUGAAUGUCAUACUACAACAAGUAGCGAAGAUUUUAGUGACGAUGAAUCCGACAGUUCAGAUAAUAUCGAUUCGAAUAAUAUAAAUCAGACAAACCUCAAGAGCCGCACAAAUAGCAAAUCUGCAGAUACACCAAAAUCUCUAUCAAGAUCAUUCUUAACAUUAGCAAUAACAACAAACGCAAAUUCGCUCAAUUUACCGUUAUCAUCAUUAAAGUUAACAAUCAAACCAAAUCCACUCGACUUGCCUCAUGAUCAAAAACAGCGACAAGAAAUUGAUUGCAAGCUAAAUCAACUCAUCUUCGGUAUUCGACAACAAAAAUUGAAAACAAAAAAGAAAGAAAUCUACGAGCUACCCCCAUUAAUCAAACAACUUAUUAGGUGUUUAUAUCCAUCAGAAAUCGAUGACAACAACUGUUCACAAAAACCGGACAUUGUAUUCACUCUUCGAACAUUCAUUGAACUGUUUCGCGUGUAA